AAACCAGAGCCCAGUCUGCUCUGAUUGGUUAACUGGCCGGCUUUGUUGAUAUUGGUCAACCGUUUACAGAUGUCCCGCCCCUUAUCCUAUCACAUACAAUGUGCUGGAGCGCUAUCCAAAAGAAGCCAUUGGAGGCGUUUCAGGCAGGGAGGGGGGAUGUAGGAGAGAAACUCCCUCUAACUUUGUGAUUUUAGCCUUUGCAGACCAUUUACAUGUACAAAAACCUGUAUAACACACUACAGCGGAGGGAACUCCCCAAAAGAGCAUAAUAGAGCCUCUUUCAUUUAUUUUCUGUAGUGAUGUAUCCUUAACAUUCUCCUGACAUCUUGACUAGAAUCUACUGCUGAGGUUGAUGUCACCUCAUGAACUCUACAUGCAGAUACCAUCUGCUCUCAGUUAAGCAGAAGUACCAGAAAGUACAAUAUGACAGGAUGUGGUAAACCCAUAGACUGUAUAUAUAGAUGGACAGAGUGGCUCCAUUCAGCUGUGUUCUAUAGAAUUGAAGCAACCGAGGCGACGCCAUCUGAAAAUUUGGAGCCAGUUCGAAGUACGCUUGCGCAGUAGAAUCUGAAGCAUGCGCAGUGAAGAGGAGGUCGCGAUCAGACCCGCCCACUCAUCGAGUGAAACACGCCCCUUAUCGAGUGAAACACGCCCCCUUCUCCGUCCGUUCCCCACCACACAGCAAGGUUGCUAGUUUAUCCGUUCACAUUCGUUCAGUCAGUCAUUGUACGACAUUCAUUUGACUAGGCUAUGCCUUUAAUAAACUAGCAGAAUGCCGAGGUACUCGGUAGCAUAACGUUAGCGAAGUUAAACCGCCUUCAUAGCGAAAACAGCUGUCAUAACGUUAACAUUAAAUCUCAUUAAAUCUUACCAAGAACUGUUAAUGUUAAAGUUUGAAAUCCUUCACGUACACGGCUUCGUCUAAGAACUAUCACACCAUCGUUACAUAAAAUAAACUGACAAUAUACUGACAAUGAUUAGACUAGUUCUAUCUUUAAAUUAAUAAUGCAUAGUACCGCUGAAUGCUGAGGUAAAUUAACCUGGUAACGUAACGUAACAGAUUGCCAACUAGAUCGCUAUUCCUGGCACAAUGUCAAAUAAGAUACAUAAAUAAUAACAAUAAUAACCAUCCUUCUACCUAAUGUCACUAAGAAUAAUGUUAUUUGUUAAUUUCACCUCAUGUAUUUCACAGAGCACGUCAAACACCCUCAUCGCAAAGCCAGCUGUGACAGCUGUCAUUAAAUAUUCAGCCUAGAAUAUUUAAACGUUAACGUUAACUUUUUUCUCAUUAGAAAUCUCGAUGUUUCGAGCGUCUUCAACAUACAAAUCUAUCUGUUUUUCGUUGGUAUAUGACUAUAAUCCUUUCAAGGAUGUCCGAAAAUCUAUAGAUUACUGUCAAAUUAAGUUAACUUUCUAACGUUAGCGGCUAAGCUAUCGCUACCGUCAUUUUAAUGAGUUCGCUAGCUAAUAUUAAGUUAAUAUUCACUUACCGAAAAAACUGCACAGAGCUCCCCUGAGAUGGCCUGUUAGUACAAUCAACAGCACAACACGACAUGACUGUCAAUAUAUAAAUGUAAAGUAAUAACAGCAAAUAAAACAAAUAUGAGUUGCCUGACAAAAGAACACCACUACAGCCGAGCCUACAGCUACUCUGAAUGAAAUGAAAUGUUGAAGGAGGUUGCAAGCGGCUGCACUGUCAAUCAAAGUGUAACCACGCCCCUUUUAUAUUUAUUAAAAUAACAUUAAAGAAAAUAAUUUCUCGGGAAAAAGAAAAAUGGUGUGAUGUGAAGCACCUUGAAAGCUAUUUUUUCGAAUAAAAAGUUGUGGAUGCAAAAUUUGUUUUAGGUGAGAAAAGUGACAUAGAAAGUUGGUUACUUGCCCAUUGAAAAUACAUGGGAAUGGGCGGAGCUACGCAUUGUACUGCAGCCAGCCACCAGGGGGCUCUGGACUAGCGCUUGCUUCACUUUUAACGGACGAACCUCUGUCCAUCAAUAUAUAUACAGUCUAUGGGUAAACCUUAUAGUUUUUACACCCACCAGACAAUAACUCUAAUAGGUCAUUAACCAACAGAAUGCAAUACAACUAUUCAAACCGUAAACUAUAAAGUUCAUCCCUGAAAACAUUUAAAUGUAUUUCUGUAAAAACCAGUUCUUUAAUUUGAAAUGUUUUAAUUGUGUGCCUAUUUUGGCUCUAUUUUAGGCAUAGCAUUAAUGUUUAAAACUUUUCACAUUCAGUUUCCAUUUCUCAUAAGGUCGUCAGAGGCGUCUUAGAAGAUGUACAUGUGGACUAGGAUCUCAUUAAGAUAACUUUAAUUUGUAUCAUUGACUAACCAGCCAAGCAUCGGCAUUUCCAGUGUAGAGUGCAGAUCCAGGAAGUUACAUUCAGAGGCUGUGGCUUUAAACAGAAACCGUUCUCUGAAACUUAAACCUUGUGAUUUAUAUAUCACACUCACAGAGAGCAGCAACUGCCAUCCUGACGACAAUGAAUAACACAUUUUGUACUCAUGUCAGCUUUGACUUCUCAAGCAGAUUUCUGCCCCCUGUUUACAUCUUAGUCUUCAUCGUUGGUCUGCUAGCUAAUGGAUGGGGAUUGAAGUCUUUGCUGCACAACUGGAAGAAACUGGGAAACAUCAAUGUUUUUGUUCUGAACCUCGGACUUACAGAUGUUUUGUACCUGCUCACAGUGCCAUUUCUGAUGGUGUACCACUUUAUGGGCAGUAAGUGGAUCUUUGGAGAUGUGUUCUGCAAGGUAACGAGAUUCUGCUUCAACCUGAAUUUGUAUGGCAGCAUUGGGUUCCUCACUUGUAUAAGUGUGUACAGGUACCUGGCUAUUGUCCAUCCGAUGAGAGUAAUGGGAAGAAUAACUGUCCUCCACUCUGUGGUGAUCUCAGUCUUUGUUUGGCUGAUGGUGAGCAUCCAAAUUCUUCCAGACAUGUUCUUCAGCAAAACAUUUGGAAACAAAACUGUCAAAUGUUUUGAAACCACCAGUAAGAUCUACGUGGAGGAUUACCUGAAGUACAGCCUUGGAUGGACUCUCACUGGGUUUUUUAUCCCAUUCCUGAUCACUCUGGGCUGCUAUGGACAUGUGAUUGUUGUGCUCUGUCGCACAAACACCACUGACAAGGUACUGAAACAGAGAUGCUUGAAGUUGUUGUUCACCUUGAUUCUGCUUUAUUCUGUUUGUUACAUCCCCUUUCAUGUAUUGAAAAACCUUAACCUCUGGUCUAGACUUUUGUUAAAUCAAAAUCUGUGCCGUGAGUGGUCCGAUGGAGUCUAUAUUGCUCAUCAGAUUAGUCGUGGCUUUGUGUGUCUGAACAGUGCUCUCAACCCUCUGGUUUACCUCCAUGGAGAUGAAAGUAUUUGGGGUCAGCUCAGACCACUGCUACAGCGAGCUCGCCAAGCUGUGUUGAGACUUUACAGCACUCUUAGUCAAGUUCUCUUGAAGUAAAACAUGAAUUGAACCAUGGUCAUGGUCUCUGUGGUGGUCAUCUUGCUGUUCAAAUGCUUAAAAAGGCUCAGAAAGUUCAUGUUAAUCUAAAAAUGAUGCCAGAGAGAACAGGACUACACAUUGUGGUUUUAUGGGGAUGUUAAUGUAGAUGCAUGCUCUCUGAAUUUAAAACAGAAGUGUGAAUGUGUAAAAAUAAACAGGAUGCAAAUUGUAAAGCUUCACGUGUUGGAACACGCCUGCAGAAAGUGGUUCACUGGAAAACUGUAUAAAGUACAAUGGCAGAUUCAAAUGUCAAUAUUGGUACUGUAUGUAUAACUGAUGUAAGCACAAUGUGACCUUAACAUUAUAUAUUUGAACAACUAUGUCUGACUACUUGUGCAAAGAAAUCCCCCAACUUUAGAGUCAUACUGUGUGUAAUAGUAAUCACGUUGAUUAGUGGGUUGAGGCAAACCAGAAUUUGACAACUAAUUCAAUGAUCGGGAUAACAAACAGGAAGAAAAAAAGAGCCAGACCAAUUGGAUCUCUGUAGGCUGUACUCUACACCCUUUACAGUAACCCAGCUCUGUGGGGGUACCGGCCCUGAGCGGUCUGUGUGAGCGCCGGGUCACUCAGAACAGUAAGACUUCAUUGAGGCGGAUCCGCAUCCUCUCCAAAACGGACCUUAAGGGAGAAAAGGAUCAUUUUAAAUAAACUGAUGAUUGAGGUUGUGAAUGCUGAUCUUCACACAUGUACAAUCUCAAACUGCACUUAUUCACUAUUAAUGGUAUGGUCAUAAAGAAAGUUUUAAAGACAUGUUUACAUUGAUUACCGGCAAUUUACUGUAUGUCUUCAAGGGCAUAGUUUGUUAGAUAGAAAGUGAUCCCAAAGAAGGACCCCAGCCUUUGUGUUGACAGACAUUGAGCAGUUCAACUUUUAACCUGUACAGUUUUUGUAGUAAUGUGACAUUGCACUUAUUUUUUGAUAUGAUUUGUUUGUUGUAAAUAUAUUAUAGACCGAUGUCAGUUGAAGAUAUCUCAAUGUUUUACUUAUGUCCUGCAUUUUAAAAAGAUGUGUGUGUUUUUGAUUUCAAAGCAGAGUGUUCAAAGAUUCAUAUUUUCCUAAUGUA